UUCCCAUGAUCUCAGGUGUGAAGAGGCCUUCUGUUUAAACAAAGAUGUUCUCACUGUAUCGUCCUGUGGAGUCCUUUUGAAAUGUAAUUACUUUUUCUCUCUGGAUGUUUUUAUUGUUUUUAGAUGUGGUACGAGUGAAACCUGGAGAUGAUGUCAUUCUGCCAUGUCAGGCUCAUAAUGCCUCCAUCAGAGCUGUAGAGUGGACCAGACCUGAGCUGGAGCCAGAGUACGUCCUCUUUUACAGAGGUCGAAGCUCAGUUCCAACCCAGCAGCAUCCAUCCUUUAAGGACCGGGUGCAGCUGAUGGACAGAGAGCUGAAGGACGGAAACGUGUCUUUAAUUCUGAAGACCGUGAGCAGCAACGACGCUGGAACAUACGAGUGUCGAGUUGCAACAGGUGGAUCAAGACAUAAGAGAGCCAACAUUAACACUGAGCCAAUCAGAAUCUACCAGCUGGAGGUUUCAGGGUCCAACAGCGGAGACGUCAAGGAGGGAAACCAAAUUGAAAACCACACAGAGGGAAACUACAGACUUUACUACGGACUGGGAGCAGGUUUAGCUGCUGCUGUUGGAUUGGUUGUUGGCUUGAAAUAUAAAAGUCUUAAGAACAAGAAACCAGAACAGUCUGCUGCUGAUGAAUCAGGGAGCGAUCAGCUCAUCUGACGUGUCACAGAUCUCUUUCCACCCUGUAUCAUAUAUUCAACAUGAUUUUGUUGAAGUGUGAAUGUGUAAAUCUGGACUUGGUUGAAGAUACUGGAAGACGUUUCGUCCCUCAUCCAAAGGACUUCUUCAGUUCUGACUGACUGGCAGGGAAACUCAGCUAUUUAACCUCAGUGGGGUCGUUA